AAAUAAAAUCCGACACUGGUCCUUUUCGUCGUCUUCGACCUCGCGGGAAUCUACUGUCGCUCUCACACUAUCCAUCCACUCUUCUUCAGUCCACCGGCAGCUAGAUUUUUCCGGGUCUUCAGUCUCGGGUCAGAUCUAGAUCCGGAUCCGUAGACACUUGAGUAAUGAAGCACUUCAGAACCGAGCGAGUCCGUGCGACUCCGAAGCUCUUCACCUACGUUCUCGUCGGGUUCAUCGCUCUGCUCGGCUUGACUUGCCUCUACUACGGCUCUUCCUUCGCUCCCGGAUCCAGAAAGUCCGACGAGUUCGAUGAUGUAUCUGAUAACCGCGCUCGCACCGGAUCCGUGACGAUGACGAAUCGAGCUGCUGUGCUUGCAGUGAGCCGUUUCGAAGUUCCUAAAAGCGUUCCGAUAUGUGAUUCGAGACACUCGGAUCUUAUACCGUGUUUGGAUCGUAAUCUUCAUUACCAGUUGAAAUUGAAACUCAAUUUAACGUUGAUGGAGCACUAUGAGCAUCAUUGCCCUCCACCAGAACGGCGUUUCAAUUGCCUUGUUCCGCCUCCUACUGGAUAUAAGAUCCCGUUAAGGUGGCCUGUCAGUAGAGACGAGGUGUGGAAGGCGAAUAUCCCGCACACACACCUUGCGCAAGAGAAGUCUGAUCAGAAUUGGAUGGUUGUAAAUGGUGAUAAGAUCAAUUUUCCUGGGGGAGGAACACACUUCCACUAUGGAGCUGACAAAUACAUAGUUUCCCUUGCUCAGAUGCUGAAAUUCCCUGGCGACAAACUCAACAAUGGGGGAAGCAUUCGGAAUGUUCUUGAUGUUGGUUGUGGGGUAGCUAGCUUCGGAGCUUAUCUGCUGUCACAUGACAUCAUUGCUAUGUCCCUUGCUCCUAAUGAUGUUCACCAGAACCAGAUCCAAUUUGCUUUAGAACGAGGAAUUCCAUCAACACUUGGUGUUCUUGGGACUAAGCGGCUUCCAUACCCAAGCAGAUCCUUUGAACUUGCUCACUGUUCUAGAUGUCGGAUAGACUGGCUUCAAAGAGAUGGGAUCUUGUUGCUGGAGCUUGAUAGGUUGCUCAGACCUGGUGGCUACUUUGUAUACUCGUCGCCUGAAGCUUAUGCACACGACACAGAAAACAGAAAGAUUGGGAAUGCGAUGCAUGAUCUCUUCAAGAGAAUGUGUUGGAGGGUCGUUGCUAAACGAGACCAAUCUGUUAUAUGGGGAAAACCGAUAUCCAACAGCUGUUACUUGAAAAGGGAAGCAGGUGUUCAGCCUCCCCUUUGUCCUUCUGGUGAUGACCCAGAUGCAACUUGGAACGUCUCAAUGAAGGCUUGUAUAUCACCUUACUCAGUGAGGAUGCAUAAAGAAAGAUGGAGUGGACUCGUUCCCUGGCCACGGAGGCUGACAGCUCCUCCACCACGUCUUGAAGAAGUUGGUGUCACUCCCGAGCAAUUCCGUGAAGAUACGGAAACAUGGCGUCUUAGAGUGAUAGAAUACUCGAAACUGUUGAAACCAAUGGUGCAAAAGAACUCCAUAAGAAACGUGAUGGACAUGAGCUCAAACCUUGGCGGUUUCGCAGCUGCACUAAACGAUAAAGAUGUAUGGGUAAUGAAUGUCAUGCCUGUUCAAUCCUCCCCAAGAAUGAAGAUCAUCUAUGACCGUGGCCUGAUCGGAGCCACUCAUGAUUGGUGUGAAGCCUUUGACACAUACCCAAGAACGUAUGAUCUUAUCCAUGCAUGGAACACAGUUACAGAAACCCGAAUACGUGGAUGCAGCAUUGAAGAUCUGCUCAUCGAGAUGGAUCGAAUACUACGCCCAGAAGGAUUUGUCAUAAUUCGUGACACAUCAGACAAUAUCAGCUAUAUCAAGAAGUAUCUGACAUUGUUAAAAUGGGAUAAGUGGUUCACAGAGACGACUCCAAAUGGUGAUUCUCUAUCUACCAAAGAUGAGAGAGUUUUGAUCGCUAGAAAGAAACUGUGGAGCGUGCCCGCCAUUUCAGUGUCGUGAGUUUUACAAAAUCAGAGGCAUAGCUGAGGAAAAUUCUCAGUGUUUAGGGUUAUUUACCGGUAUUAAAAGGAGAAGUGUAAAUUACACGACAAUCAUACAUAGUGAUGAUGCAUUUGUUGUAGGAAACCUGCAAAAGCUUCUUAUUUGCGAUUUUCAUUUUCAAAUUAUAAAUUUAAAUCCGUUUUCGCGGAAAUAUAUAAGGUUGCUUCGUGAA